CGGCAUCAUGACCAACGACUCCCCGGAGGCAGAGAGCCGAGCUCCGUGCCGAGGAGGCCGGCGGAGGAACCAAGCGGACGACGACGUCACCAUCCUGACGCCCUCCAUGGAUUUACGGCAGAGUAGCCGGAGUCGAACCAGCAGCAGCACCGACGCCGCCGCCAGCCUCGCCUCCUCCCUGGAGAUGAGCAGCUCCUCGCUGGAGCUCAGCAUCCGGACGCGGAUCUUUAAGAUCAUCGUCAUCGGGGACUCGAACGUGGGGAAGACCUGCCUGACCUUCCGCUUCACCGGCGGCAGCUUCCCCGACAAGACCGAGGCCACCAUCGGCGUGGACUUCAGGGAGAAAGCUGUGGAGAUCGAAGGGGAGACCAUCAAGGUGCAGGUGUGGGACACAGCAGGUCAGGAACGCUUUCGUAAAUCCAUGGUGGAACACUACUAUCGAAAUGUCCAUGCAGUGGUAUUUGUCUAUGAUGUCACCAAGAUGGCUUCCUUUCGUAACCUACAGACGUGGAUAGAGGAGUGUAAUGGCCAUCGCGUGUCAGCAUCAGUACCUCGAGUGCUAUUGGGAAACAAAUGCGACCUUGUAGACCAAAUACAGGUACCCUCCAACAUGGCGUUGAAGUUUGCUGAUGCCCACAACAUGCUGCUGUUUGAGACAUCAGCUAAAGACCCGCGGGAGAGUCAGAACAUUGACUCAAUCUUCAUGUCUCUGGCUUGCCGGCUGAAGGCCCAGAAAUCUCUGCUCUACAGGGAUGUGGAGAGAGAGGAUGGAAGAGUGAGACUGACACAAGUGACUGAAACAAGGAGUAACUGCCCAUGCUGAGGAAGACGUGGAACAGAAGGAAUGAAAGGAAGAAGAGUAACUGUAGAUGAAAAGCCAGAUGCAAAAAAAAGUGUAAGGUCAAAAUCAUAAAGGUAAAGAGUAAGGGAAAUAGGAUGCAAUUGACAUUGAAAGCAGCAAAGUUUAAAGAAUAGGAGGAGAUGACAGGAAAAAGUGACUGAAAAAUCAAGAAUGGAUUCUUGUUUGAGGAUAAAGACAGAGACUGUUUGGUGACAGUAUCAACAGGAGAAAGUGAAGGGCAGAGGGAACAUAUACAAUAUAUUUAAAGUUUCCUACCGAGACAGUGUUGCCUUGUACAGCAUCAUCCACCAAUUGUAGUUAAUCAAACACAGACCAAACAUGCGUAACUAUUCCUUUGGUGUCCGAGCACACACAGUACUGGUCAGCAUUGUUGGCAC